CUGGCAGUUGGGAGGUAAUUGUGGUGGUGAAGGCUGUGGUAGUUGGGAGGCAGCGGCGGAGUUUGAAAGGAAAGGAGCGGGACGAAGAGUCUGUAGCAGUAGCGGCAGCCUGGGACCUCAGAGCGUGGCAGCUACACGCCCCCUAGGCUCUCGGCGGGCGGCGGCCGCCGUGUUGAGGGCCUACUCUCCCAGCAGUGCCUCGGUCUCAGACAGCGGUGGCGCCAUGAGCCCUUAAAGGGCGGUCCGAGUCCUCCUGAUUCCUGGCCCAGCUCUAGAGCUUACCAUGGAGCCAAGGGCCGACGACUUCCUUCCACUGCCGGAGUGCCCGGUGUUCGAGCCCAGCUUGGCCGAGUUCCGAGACCCGCUUGGCUACAUCGCGAAAAUCAGGCCUAUGGCUGAGAAGCCUGGCAUUUGCAAGAUCCGCCCACCCACGGACUGGCAGCCACCCUUUGCUGUGGAAGUGGACAACUUCAGUUUUACCCCCCGAAUCCAGAGGCUGAAUGAACUAGAGGCCCAGACAAGAGUGAAACUGAACUACUUGGACCAGAUUGCCAAAUUUUGGGAAAUCCAGAGCUCCUCCUUAAAAAUUCCCAAUGUAGAAUGCCGGAUAUUGGACCUCUACAGCCUCAGCAAAAUUGUGGUAGAGGAAGGUGGCUAUGAAGCCACUUGCAAGGAUUGUCGGUGGGCCCGGGUGGCCCAGCGUCUCAACUAUGCACCGGGCAAAAACAUUGGCUCCCUGCUGCGCUCCCACUAUGAACGCAUUGUUUAUCCCUAUGAGAUGUACCAGUCUGGAGCCAAGCUGGUGUGCAACACACGUCCCUUUGAUAAUGAGGAGAAGGACAAAGAGUACAAACCCCACAGCAUCCCCCUUCGACAGUCUCUGCAGCCUUCCAAGUUCAAUAGCUAUGGCCGGCGGGCCAAGAGACUACAGCCUGAUCCGGAACCCACAGAGGAAGACAUAGAAAAGAAUCCGGAGCUGAAGAAGCUACAGAUCUAUGGGGCAGGCCCCAAGAUGAUGGGCCUGGGCCUCAUGGCCAAGGAUAAGACUCUGUGGAAAAAAGAUAAGGAAGGACCUGAGUGUCUCCCAACUGUGGUGGUAAAGGAGGAGUCAGCUUCACCCAAGGCCUUCCUAGAGAGCACAGAUGAGCUGAGUCACAGCCCAGAGCACUGCACCAAGAUGACCAUGCAGCUGCGGAGGAACCACAGCAAUGCCCAGUUUAUUGAGUCGUAUAUAUGCCGGAUGUGUUCCCAAGGGGAUGAAGAUGACAAACUCCUACUGUGUGAUGGCUGUGAUGACAACUACCAUAUUUUCUGUCUUCUGCUGCCUCUGCCUGAGAUCCCCAAGGAUGUCUGGCGGUGCCCAAAAUGUGUCAUGGCGGAGUGUAAGAGGCCCCCUGAAGCCUUCGGCUUUGAGCAGGCUACCCGGGAAUACACUCUGCAGAGCUUUGGCGAGAUGGCUGACUCCUUUAAAGCUGACUAUUUCAACAUGCCUGUGCAUAUGGUGCCCACAGAACUUGUAGAGAAGGAAUUCUGGCGGCUGGUGAAUAGCAUUGAGGAAGAUGUGACUGUUGAGUAUGGGGCUGACAUCCAUUCCGAAGCAUUUGGCAGUGGUUUCCCUGUCAGUGACAGUAAGCGGCACCUAACCCCUGAGGAGGAGGAGUAUGCUACCAGUGGUUGGAACCUGAAUGUGAUGCCAGUGUUGGAGCAGUCUGUACUGUGCCACAUCAAUGCAGAUAUCUCAGGCAUGAAAGUGCCUUGGCUGUACGUGGGCAUGGUCUUCUCAGCCUUUUGCUGGCAUAUUGAGGAUCACUGGAGUUACUCCAUUAACUACCUCCACUGGCGUGAGCCAAAGACCUGGUAUGGAGUACCCUCGCUUGCAGCAGAACGUUUGGAAGAGGUGAUGAAGAAGCUGACACCUGAGCUAUUUGAUAGCCAGCCUGAUCUCCUGCACCAGCUUGUCACCCUCAUGAACCCCAACACCCUCAUGUCCCAUGGCGUGCCGGUUGUCCGCACAAACCAGUGUGCUGGAGUCGUCAUCACCUUCCCCUGUGCUUACCACAGUGGCUUCAACCAAGGCUACAACUUUGCUGAGGCUGUCAACUUUUGCACUGCUGACUGGCUGCCUGCUGGGCGCCAGUGCAUUGAGCACUACCGCCAGCUUCGAAGAUACUGUGUCUUCUCCCAUGAGGAGCUCAUAUGUAAGAUGGCUGCCUGCCCAGAGAAGCUGGACCUGAACCUGGCAGCAGCUGUGCAUAAGGAAAUGUUCAUCAUGGUGCAGGAAGAGCAUCGUCUACGAAAGGCCCUGCUGGAGAAGGGCAUCACAGAGACUGAGCGAGAGGCUUUCGAGCUGCUUCCAGAUGAUGAGCGCCAGUGCAUCAAGUGCAAGACCACAUGCUUCCUAUCAGCCUUGGCCUGCUAUGACUGUCCAGAUGGCCUUGUCUGCCUUUCCCACAUCAAUGACCUCUGCAAAUGCUCCAGUAGCCGGCAGUACCUACGGUAUCGGUAUACCUUGGAUGAGCUUCCUGCCAUGUUGCAUAAGCUGAAGGUUCGGGCCGAGUCCUUUGACACUUGGGCCAACAAAGUGUGAGUGUCCCUGGAGGUGGAGGAUGGGCAGAAGCGCAGCCUUGAAGAGCUGAGACCACUAGAGUCUGAGGCCCGUGAGUGAAGGUUUCCUAAUAGUGAGCUGCUGCAACGACUGAAGACUUGCCUGAGUGACGCGGAGGCUUGCGUGUCCCGGGCUCUGGGACUGGUCAGCGGCCAGGAAGCUGGCCCCCACAGGGUAGCUGGUCUACAGAUGACUCUGGCUGAGCUCCGGGCCUUUCUGGACCAGAUGAACAACCUGCCUUGUGCCAUGCACCAGAUUGGGGAUGUCAAGGGUAUUCUGGAACAGGUGGAAGCCUACCAGGCUGAGGCCAGUGAGGCCCUGGCCUCACUGCCUUCCAGUCCAGCAUUACUGCAGUCCCUGUUGGAGAAGGGGCAACAGCUGGGAGUGGAGGUGCCUGAAGCUCAGCAUCUCCAGCGGCAAGUGGAACAGGCACGAUGGCUCGAUGAGGUGAAACAUACGCUGGCCCCCUCAGCCCGAAGGGGCACCUUGGCUGUCAUGCGGGGACUGUUGGUUGUGGGUGCCAGUGUAGCCCCCAGCCCUGCUGUGGAUAAGGCCCAGGCUGAGCUGCAGGAGCUACUGACCAUUGCUGAACGUUGGGAGGAGAAGGCUCAUCUCUGCCUGGAGGCCAGGCAGAAGCAUCCACCAGCUACACUGGAGGCCAUAAUCCGUGAGGCAGAAAACAUCCCUGUUCACCUACCCAACAUCCAGGCUCUCAAGGAGGCUCUUGCUAAGGCCCAGGCCUGGAUUGCUGAUGUGGAUGAGAUCCAGAAUGGUGACCACUAUCCCUGCUUGGAUGAUCUAGAGGGCCUGGUGGCUGUGGGCUGGGACCUACCUGUGGGGCUGGAAGAGCUGAGACAGUUAGAGCUGCAGGUACUGACAACUCACUCAUGGAGGGAGAAGGCUUCCAAGACCUUCCUCAAGAAGAAUUCUUGCUACACGCUGCUGGAGGUGCUCUGCCCUUGUGCAGAUGCUGGCUCGGACAGCGCCAAGCGCAGCCGUUGGAUGGAGAAGGAGCUGGGGUUGUACAAAUCUGACACAGAACUGCUGGGGCUGUCUGCACAGGACCUCAGGGACCCAGGCUCUGUGAUCACGGCCUUCAAGGAGGGGGAACAAAAGGAGAAGGAGGGUAUCCUGCAUCUGCGUCGCACCAACUCAGCCAAGCCCAGUCCACUGGCAUUGUCGACCACAGCCUCCUCUGCAACCUCUAUCUGUGUGUGUGGGCAGGUCCAGGAGUUGCUGGAGAAUGGAGACAGUGUGACCAGUACUGAGAAGGUAGCCCUGGGGGAGGGCUCAGGUAAGAGAGACCUGGAACUGCUGUCCUCGCUGUUACCACAGUUGACUGGCCCCAUGUUAGAGCUGCCUGAAACAACCCGGGCCCCCCUGGAGGAGCUCAUGAUGGAGGGGUACCUGCUUGAGGUGACUCUGGAUGAGAACCAUAGCAUCUGGCAGCUGCUGCAGGCUGGGCAGCCCCCAGACCUGGAAAGGAUCAACACACUUCUGGAGCUGGAGAAAGCAGAACGCCAUUGGAGUCAGGCACGUGGCCGGGCCCUGGAGAGGUGGUGGCGGCAGAAGGUGGAUCGGGGUGGGGAGGGCGAUGAUGCAGCCUCAGAGGAGCUAGAGCCAAAGAGGGUACGGAGCUUAGGGCCAGAGGCCGAGGAGGCCCAGGAGGAGGAGGAGGAGCUGGAGGAGGAGACUGGGGGUGAGGGCCCCCACUCCCCCCUUCCCACCACUGGCAGCCCCAGCAUCCAGGAGAACCAGAAUGGCUUGGAGCUGGGGCCAGGGGCCAGUUGAAGCUCCUUGGCCCCUUUCUCCACUCUGACUCCCCAGCUGCAUAUGCCCUGCUCACAGCAGCCACCUCAGCAACAGUUGUGACAGCGGCUGAACCUAGCACAGACCCCAACAGACCCCUCCUCAGCCUCAAGGAUCCUCUUUCUGACCAUCAGGCCCGCUUCUUGGGAGGUGGGGGGAGGAGGGAUGGCCACCCUUCCCAGCCCACCCCAAGUCCCUUAACUUUUUGUAUUCUGACUCCAAGGUAUUGUUCCGACCUCAGUUCCUGGGGGCCGGCCCCUGGAGUCCCCCCUCCCUGGUAGCCUCUAACCAGCAUUCCCAGACACCUGAGGCAGAUAGACGGAUGGAUGGGCAGGUGGGCAGGGUGGGUGACUGGGGCUAGGCCAGCACCAUUCCAGAGACAGGGCCAGUGCAUAUGCAAACUGGGGGAUCUCCUCUCUCCCUUCUCUCCCCAGUUCCAGCCCUGGCCAGGCUAUGCUACAUUAACCUCACCUCCCUCUCCCCCUUUCCUUAUCCCUCCCCCUUUCUUCUUCCUCCCUCCCCCUUUCUCCUCCUCUCCCUUCUUCCCUCCCUUCUCCUCCCUUCCCCUGACUGUU